AUGAACAAUGGAGGUAAAGCGGAAAGUGAAAAAGAAAAAGAGAAUACAGUUUAUGAUGAUAGGAAAGAAAGAGCUAGUACUGAUGAUUUUGGUCGAGCAAUAUCGAGAACUGCAGCUGCACAGAUAUGCGAAAAUAUUGGAUUUGAGGGCUUUAAUGAAUCAGCUCUUGAAUCAUUUGCUGAUAUUACGGUUAAGUACCUUUGUGAUUUAGGUGCAUCAAAGGUGAAACAUUGUGGAUUGGAUUCUCGAACUAUUAAGGGGAUUGUUGAGUUUGUGAAAUCAGCUCAAGAGAUUCCAUUUUUGCAACCUCUUCCAUGUUUUCCAGUGAUUGAAGAUAAAAGGAAUAUACCCAGUUUUAUACAAAUGAAUGAAACUACAUCGUUUAAGCACAUACCUUUAUUGCUGCCUGCAUUUCCUGAUCGGCAUACUUAUGUACGCACCUCUACAUGGAACGAGAGAGCUUGUGAUCCCCGAACUGAUAAAGUUAAGUUAGCAAGGCAGCGAAGGAAGGCGGAAAGGUCUUUGUUGAAUUUGCAGCAACGAUUGGUGUGCAACGGUUCAACAGAGGUAUCAGCUUCCAAUGAACCAGAUGAUGUUAGGAUUGAAUCAAGUGUUAAUGCAAGUGGAAACGCAUUUGUUGCAGUGUCUUCAGAAGCUGGAGAAAAAGACAUGGCUGCAGUUUCCCUCGCAGCUAAACUUUCCAAUGAAACGGACAAAAACCAUGUUUCUUUGCCGGAUAUUUAUUCUCCUGCAAAGGCCAUUGAAGGAUGA